UCCGGAGACAGGGACAGCUGUCACACGACAGUCUCAAGAAUUUAUAGACGUUGUGGUGGCGGCGCAGUAAAUAUUUAUUCAAGACUCAACUAACAAUGCGUGCCACCAUUAAAAGGUGUCUGAUUUUGGUCAGUGGACUACUGCUGCUAGCCCUGUUUUGUACCUGGAACCCUGGGACCAGCUUAGGAGUUGACAUACGGCCAAGACAGAGGGGUGACAUGGAGAAACUCUUCAAAGAGAAAAUUCGAGACACCAUCAGUGGCUAUGAAGACAUUGCCUUCCAUAUAAAGGAUGAUGUGGCAUGUCAUUUGGCUCAAAAUACAUGUGCAUGUCUGGCUGAUGAGGAGAGCUUUCACCUGCCGUUAUCCAGUCUGUUGUUCCCACGUGUGUGGGCCCACAACUUUGAUCUUGCAUUUCUAGAGUCCCAUCCUGACCCCGAGGGCGUGAAGCGUCACAGAGCUCAGGAGUACAGCAGCUUUCAGAGGAGGUUGUACAGUCCUGCAGAUGUGCUUAUUGUCGCUGAGGCCAACAGUCCUCUCCAGUAUCCUACCCAAGGCGUGGAGGUGCGACCCCUCAAAACAAUCAUCAUUCCUGGUUUGGGUCUUAAAGAAGAAAUAAGAACAAACCAUAUGGUUUAUUUGACAGCGACACUGGGGACUUUUGAUGUUGCUGCUACAGUGGACGGGGUCUCUAUUAAAGGAGAGGGAGAGAAGCACAUUAUGCUGUCAAGUCCCAGUCUCUCAGCCCUGAACAGGCAGCUGCAGUUUGUCACUUAUACAAACACUGUUUUCCAUCCCAAGACAGCAGAUACAGUUCAGUUUGCAACUGGAGGUCACCAGUCAUUUUUCAGCAUUAAAGUUGGACAUGGAACCAUACCUAAACUUUACAACUCUGGCUAUCAAAGAGAAUACAAUAUUAGUGCUCUUGUUACCAUCGUCACCAAGACCUUUUUACGCUAUGACAAACUCCAAGACCUCAUUGACAGCAUACGACAGUAUUAUCCCACCGUCACCAUAGUGAUUGCUGAUGAUAAUGAACACCCUCAGCCAGUGACAGGGCCUCACAUAGACCAUUACAUCAUGCCAUUUGGAAAGGGCUGGUUUGCAGGAAGGAACCUGGCAGUGUCUCAAGUCACCACCAAGUAUGUGCUCUGGGUGGAUGAUGAUUUCAUAUUUACUGCAAACACCAAGUUGGAGAGGAUGGUGGACAUCUUAGAACAGACCACUCUGGAUCUGGUUGGCGGUGCGGUGAGAGAGGUGACAGGUUACACUGCAACAUUCCGUCACACAAUUUCAGUGGAAGAAGGAGACGAUGGAAACUGUUUGCAUAUCCGAAAUGGCUACCACCAUGACAUCAAGGGAUUUCCCAACUGUGUGGUAGCUGAUGCCGUCAUCAACUUUUUCAUGGGGAGGACAGACAAGGUGCAGCAGGUGGGCUUUAACCCCCGCCUGGCACGGCGCGGUCAUCUGGAGUUUUUCAUCGAUGCUCUGGGCUCCCUCCACGUUGGCUCUUGCAGCGACAUAAUUGUAAACCACGCAUCGAAGAUCAAACUACCCUGGACUAAAACAGACUCACAAAAGGCCUAUGAAAAAUUCCGCUAUUCAUCAUCAAGCACUGAUAAUGACAUUUAUAAUGAAGUCUUUUACUUCACCAACAGGUUCAAGUGCAUAACAAGUCACUGAAACAUGGCCACCAUUGCUUGCCGCCUUGCUUGCUGCCUUGCUGCUUGCUGCCUUAAAGUACAGGUAAAGUACAAAUAAAAAUUUGUCAUGGGUUUUCACACCACAGUAAAAUAUGACAACAAUAAUGCAGCCAAAUUUAGAUGAUAAAAAAUGGCCAUGUAUAUUAAAUCAAGUUUCAAAAUCAUGAAAAUUAAAGCUGCAUUCUCUCCUCUGACACACUGGGGGCCACUGAAGGUGCUGAGCCAACGAUUGAGCCACUGUGAAGCAACAGACUCUAGUUAGCAGCUAACCCAGUUAUAUAGUAACUUAUACAAGCCUGAAGCUGAAAAACGAGAGCUGCUGCAAAGCAACAGACUCUUGUUAGCAGCUAACCCAGUAGUAAAGUAUCACACACCCCCAAAAGCUGAAAGACAAGAGCUGCAUCAAGGCAACAGAUUCUAAUGAGCAGCUAACCCAGCAGUAUAGUUAUUUACACCCCCACAAGCUGAAAGAUAAGAGCUGCAUCAAAGCGACAGACUCUUAUUAGCAGUGAACCCAGUAGUAUAGUUACAUACAACCCCACAAGGUGAAAUAUGAAAGCUGCUGCAAAGUUAUAGAUUCCCGUUAAUCCAGUGGUAUAACAUACAACCCUACAAGCUGAAGAACGAGAGCUGCAUCAAAACAACAGACUCUCGUUAGCAGCUAAUCCCUUAGUAUAGUAACAUAAAACAUAAAACCCCACAAGGUAAAGGACGAGAGCUGAAUCAAAGCGUCAGAUUCUUGUUAGCAGCUAAUCCAAUAGUAAAGUAACAUAAAACCCCACAAGCUAAAGGAUGAGAGCUGCAUCAAAGUGACAGACUCUUGUUAGCAGCUAACCCAGUAGCACAAAGCAUAUAGGUCCCAAGCAGAAGAACGAGCCGCUGUAAGCAGCAACUGUGGUUGAGCAGCUAAUGUUAGCUCAAAGCACACACAAAUAGCAGUAAGCAGUAACUCCCGGUCUAGCUGAAUCAGGCUGAAAGACCGUAAGCUAAAUUAAAGGCUAUUUUGCUUGUAUUUAUAUGAUUGUGGCAUUAUUCAUUUGAGCCCCGCGAUAGUCUGGCGACCUGUCCAGGGUGUUCCCCGCCUUCUGCCCGAUGACACGAGGACAAGCGGUUACAGAAAAUGCAACGUACAUCUACUAACCAACCAACAGAAACGCAGCAUGAUGGCACAGCGCCACACUGCUGAAUGCUAGUAGAUGCUAAUACUUAUUUUGAGCUCUUCUUGCAAAAUUUUCAUGCCAAGUUGGUCUCUUUUCCAUAGUUACAACCGUGUCCACAUUCUCCUCCUUCUCCUCUUCUACUUAUUAUUUUAAAAUACAUAAAGGCCAACCCAUCAAGGGCUUGAUUUAUUUGUCUACAUUUUGCUCUUACCGCUAUAGUGGGAUAGACGAAUGACGCCUGCCGCCAGUUGUUCUUGCGCGUUGACAUUGAUGGACGUAUGUCGUAGCCUGCGAUUAAGUAGGUGAUGUCAUGGUACAGUCUGCAUACAUCAAACUUGAUGUCGUACCCAAGUUUGUUAAGAUCCAUGUCACACAGUGUAGCUUGCACUUAACUUAUAAGACUGCUUAAAUCUCACAGUCUGCAGGUGGCUUAAGGCACGUGGCACAAGAUAAUUUGGCAGAGAGCUAGUGAAAGUGGACCAGUAGAUACACAAAGGGAGCUAAUAGGGAAAUGAGGAGCAGGUGAGUGAUUAUUAGCAGGUGGAGUGAGUCUACUGGCAGGAGGCCAGGCAGUGGGAGUGACAGGCUCUGACAUGACAGCAGAGUGAGGAAACAAUGUAUGAACAAACCAGCUGGAUGAAUAAAAAGUUUAAUUCAAAACCAUGACAUUAUGUUAAGAAUGGCUCCACUGCAUCAUGUUUUCAGACCCACCCUAACCUAACAAUGCAGUGCAG